UAGUCGGGGCUGCUGCCAUUUUCUCUAUCUUCUAUUUUCAGUUGUCGGGGGUUCGGCGCCUCCUGGCCUGGAGCAGGAGAGAAUGCCUAAGUCAAAGGAACUUGUGUCUUCAAGUUCAUCUGCUAGUGAUUCAGAUAGCGAAGUUGACAAAAAGGUAAAGCGGAAAAAGCAAGCAGCUCCAGAAAAGCCUGUAAAGAAACAAAAGACUGGUGAAAGUUCCAAAGGCACAGCUGCUUCUAAGCAAAGCAGUGACAGAGAUGAGAAUAUGUUUCAGAUUGGCAAAAUGAGGUAUGUCAGUGUUCGUGACUUUAAAGGGAAAGUCUUAAUUGAUAUUAGAGAAUAUUGGAUGGAUCAAGAAGGUGAAAUGAAGCCUGGCAGAAAAGGUAUUUCUCUAAAUCCAGAACAGUGGAACCAGCUGAAGGAACAAAUUUCUGAUAUUGAUGAUGCAGUAAGAAAACUGUAAAUACAGAGCCGUAUAGAAA